AUGUUGCCUCACCACAAGUACAGUUACAUCCCCAAACAAAACAAGAAGCAGAUUUAUGAGUACUUAUUUAAAGAGGGAGUCAUCGUCGUGGAGAAGGACGCCAAGGUCCCGCGACACCCUCACCUCAAUAUGCCAAACCUUCACGUCAUGAUGACACUCAAGUCACUCAAGAGCAGGAAUUACGUCGACGAGAAGUACAAUUGGAAGCACCAGUACUUUAUAUUGAAUAACGAGGGCAUCGAAUACCUAAGGGAGUUUCUGCACCUGCCGCCGUCCAUCUUCCCAGCGACGCUGUCAAAGAAGGUCGUCAACCGGGCACCCAAGAUGGAAGAGGAGUUUUCCAGAGAGCUGAGACAACCAAUGGGAAGGGGUCGCUCGUACGACAAGAGAGCGUUUGAGUAG